GUUCGAUUUAUUUAUUAACGUAAUAUAUACUGCCAAUUAAUACAGUCACGAUCCAAUGCGAGUAAUGUGCACGUUGAUCGAAUUUAUAUACCUACAACGAAGGAUCAUUUUCAUGAAAAUAUCCAACCCGGUAUACGACUGUGUAAAUAAUAAUUAUGUCUUGUGAAUGGGUAUUAUCAUGGCGGAUUAGCGUGCAUUGUUAUACUACAGUCCACUUUAAGUUUUGUGCUCAUGUAGACAUGGUUCUAUAAUGUUUUUAAUCGCAGUGUUAAUCUAUAUCUUAUUGUGUUUGAACGUUUCUGCUUCAAACGAACAAAGAAUAAUUAAAACAACUAGCGGUCCCGUAAGAGGUCGCUUACAACAAUAUGAUGAUAUUUCGUACUAUUCCUACGAAGGAAUACCUUACGCGGAAAAUCCUACAGGAUCCCUUAGAUUUCGGCCACCGAUUCCGAGGCGGCCAUGGACCAAUGUGUUUAAUGCAACUCAAAUUCCCCCCGUAUGUCCGCAAAUACCCGUGAAAUAUACAAAAAACGAAAUGAGUGAAGACUGUUUACGCUUAAAUAUCUUUGUACCGGCGUGCCGUACUGACGAAAUAUUGCCAGUUCUAGUGUUUGUACAUGGAGGUGCAUUUCACUUAAUCUCUGGAAACACGGAUUUAAUAUACGGACCUGGGUUUCUCAUGGAAAGGGGUAUCGUCUUUGUUACUAUGAACUAUAGGUUGGGAAUUUUAGGAUUUAUGUCACUUGAUAUCGAAAGUGCUUCUGGUAACGCCGGUCUAAAGGAUAUUUUACUGGCAUUGGAAUGGAUAAAGGCAAACAUUGAAAGGUUUGGAGGUAGCAGCGAUAACAUUACCAUAGGCGGCAACAGUUCCGGUGCUUCCAUACUCAAUUACUUAUUAAUGAUAAAACAAUCAUCGGGUUUAUUUCAUAAAGCGAUAUUAUUCAGUGGCAGUGCUUUAAGUUAUAGAGUUCUAGCAAAGCAUCCUGUGGAAAAUGCAUUAAUAAUGGCCAAGACCGUCUGCCCUAAUGAAGAGGACAAAGAGUCGAUACUAAAAUGUUUAAGACAGGCUGACGUAUUCGACAUCGUAAAAUCUUUCGAACUAAUGAGAAAAGGGAAUACGAAUCCUCUAAGACCUUAUACACCAUUUUUACCGAAUGUAGAAAAAGAGUUUGUGCAUGCAGUUCUUACUAAACCCCCAAUAGAAAUUUUACAAUCCCACCAGUUGCAAAAUAUUCCUGUUUUAGCAGGAUUCAACAGCAAUGAAGGAAUUUAUAUGGCCUCAGGAACUUUUAGGUAUCCUGAUCGUGUGUUAAAAAUUUUAAGAAAAAAUAUUGAAUUGACUAUACCUUCCAAUAUCGAAUAUCCUCUCGGUUCUGAAAAAUCAAUGGCAUUGGCAAAAUCUAUUGUUAAAUUUUAUUUUGGAGAUGAACAUUUUUCAAAUUGGACAUUAAGCAAUGCUUUCGACUUCAUAUCAGACACACAUUACGUCUACGGUGUUGACUUGUGGAUUAACAUGCACAAGGAAAGAAAAGACAGCAAUAAAGUUUACUAUUAUUAUUUUGACUUUGAUGGAGCUUUGAAUUGGUAUAAAAUAUAUUAUAAUAUAACUUUCCCUGGAGCAAGCCAUGCAGACGAUUUAGGAUAUGUUUUCAUUACAAAUGUAACAAAACCAAAACUAGAGACGGCUGACAGGAGGAGCUUGGAAGCAUUAGAUGUAAUGCUAACUGUUAUCACUAACUUCGUCGAAUUCGGGUAAGUAUUUUCAAAAAAGAAAUUGGUUGAUAAGCUAGCUUUAAAAUUGG